UAUCGAUGGUGUUGUGUUUUUCUUCCUUCUUUCCUCUGCAAGAAGCUCCAUCUGGGAAAUUUUCUUUUCUCCUUUAAACUCAAAGAUCCGUUCUUCUUUUAUUUUAAAGAGUUGAAUCGUCAAAGGGCAAAGAACUAUGUCAGGUAUCUAUAAUCCCAACUUUUCUCCUGCCAGAGCUGCUUCUCCACAGAUCAGAACCACCCCGGAUGUUGACAGUCAGUACCUAUCCGAACUGUUGGCAGAGCAUCAAAAGCUUGGACCUUUCAUGCAAGUUCUUCCUAUAUGUUGCCGCCUGCUAAAUCAAGAGAUCUUUCGGGUCUCGAGAAUGAUGUCCAACCAUGGAUUUGGCGACUUUGACCGGAUGAGACAUAGAAGCCCUAGUCCAAUGGCUUCUUCAAACCUUAUGUCAAGUGUUUCUCGGACAGGAUUAGGCGGCUGGAAUAGCCUUCCACAAGAGAGACUGAGCGGACCACCUGGGAUGUCAAUGGACUGGCAAGGUGCCCCAGCAAGUCCUAGUUCAUACACCGUGAAGAGGAUUUUGCAUAUUGAAAUUCUUGUUGACACAUAUCCAAACUUCAAUUUUGUUGGACGACUUCUAGGCCCUAGAGGAAAUUCAUUAAAGCGGGUGGAAGCUACUACUGGCUGCCGAGUUUACAUCAGAGGCAAAGGAUCGAUAAAGGAUCCGCCCAAGGAAGAGAAGCUGAGAGGCAGACCUGGAUAUGAGCACCUGAGUGAUCCACUCCACAUCUUAAUUGAGGCUGAUUUGCCUGCUAAUAUUGUUGACACAAGGCUUAGACAAGCACAGGAAAUUAUUGAGGAGUUACUUAAACCUGUGGAUGAGUCGCAAGAUUUUAUCAAGAGACAGCAGUUGAGCGAGCUUGCAAUGCUAAACUCGAAUUUCAGAGAAGAUAGUCCCGGUCCUAGCGGCAGUGUUUCUCCUUUCAAUUCAAGUGGAAUGAAACGUCCCAAAACCGGACGUUGAGAAUCAAACCUGUAAAUCAUCUUGAAAUUGUUUCUACUGUGCUCCAGGGUUUAAUAAGCCAACUAUAUUUUCUGAUACAUAUCGGUUCCGUGUUAACUUGGAAAGAUCAGGCUAACAGUUGCUGCUGCCGGUGAUGGGAUCUUCAUGGUUAAACUGUUUUGCCUAUCGAAAAAAGAAAGAAAUAGAGAAUUGGGUCUCGGUCAGUACUCAUUUUUGGUGUCAUUCAUUGGAUUUAUUCAUGCGUUAGUAGGUUUCAAUAUAUGAAAUAUUGAAGCAUAGUGUUAGGUCGGGUCCGAUUUCGGAGUAUCCAAAGCAAGCACAUGGAUGGUGUCUUGUCCUUGUGUGAAUGUAGUUAGAAACAUUUACUUGAGAGAUGAUUGUUAUUUAUGAUUGGCUGGUUGGGAUGCA